AUGGUCCCCAAGUCAACACCGAUCUACCUCCUCCGCCAUGCGGAAUCGACCCACAACGUCUCGAAAGACUUCAACCACCGCGACCCUGGUCUGACCGAGGCGGGGUUUGCUCAGGCUGCUGCACUCGCCAGUACCUUCCCGGCCCUGUCAUCCAUUUCGGUCAUUCUCAGCUCGCCCCUGACGCGCACGAUCGAAACCACCCUCACGGGAUUCAGCACCAUUCUCUUUAGCGAGGACUCCCCAAAUUCGGCAAAACUGAUCCUCGAUCCGGACCUGCAGGAACGGAGCGACCUACCCUGCGAUACCGGCUCUGACGUCUCUGUUUUGGAGGCGAGAUUCCCCGGAUUGGACUACAGUCUGCUCGGAGAGGGAUGGCACGCCAAGACUGGAGCUUAUGCUGCGGACGAUGAGGCGGUUGCUGCAAGGGCGGAGCGGGUUCGGAGGCAGUUGCUUGGCCUUGCCAAGCAACUGGAGGCGAGCAGUUCUGAGGAGAAGGCUGUGGUAGUCGUUACGCACGGGGUCUUUAUGAAGUUUCUUGCCGAGGAUGAGAGCAUUGACUUGCCCAAAGCGGGUUGGAGGGCAUAUACUGUUGAGGAGAGUAUUGGUAGAGCUGUACUCAGGCCUCUCUAA